AUGUUCCUGAGAGAAUGUCACAGAGCUCAGAGUAGCACCUUCACAAGGCUGUACAUUGUGUCCCUCAACCUGGACUCCCCAAAGCCUGCUUGUCUUGGCUUCACCGCCAAGGAAAGGCAUGGGGAAGGAAUGAGAGGAGGAGGGGCACGGUCUAUAUCGGUUCAUAUGAACGGUCUCCAUACCACUGCUGGGCAGUUUGAUGUGUCGAGGGUGUUUAUUUGGUCAUGAAGCCGACCCGCACAACAGUGUUUUCAGUUGUUGUUGAUGUUGGGAGGUGGGUGAUGCAUGUUGCAUAGGAACAUGUUUCAGUAACCGCAUUAUAGCAGUGGUCACAUUGGAGCCUGUCUCUAGACACGUCACUCAGUCAGAAUCACCUUUUCUAGAAAGGACACUGCUCCACAACUACAUAUUAAGACAUGUAAUGCUCUAGCUAUACUGUGGGCUGAUAAUCCCUGAAUUAUUCAGUACACAUGUCUAAUACAGUGGGUUCAAAACUUGGGGUUGGGUCCCCUGAAAUUGAAAUGGGGUCCCCUGAGAAUCUGCAAUCUUAUCCAACAAAUUAAUAACUUUUUUUCUCUUCAAAUAGGUGUAGAAUACAACGUUUGUGUCAACCUCUUACAAUAACUUCUUACACUAUUAGAAUGUGAUUUAAUGUAAUUAUGUGUUUUAUGCGGGAUGUAAAAUGUAGUGAAUAUGAAUACACAGCAUUAAAGGGAUACUUUGGGAUUUUGGCAAUGAAGCCCUUUAUCUACUUCUCCAGAGUCGCAUUAAGUCAUUGAUACCAUUUUUAUGUCUCUGCAUCCAGUAUAAAUGAAGUUAUAGGUAGUUUCGAGAGCCAAUGACAUCUAGCAUUAGCGCAAUGACUGGAAGUCUAUGGUAUAUACUAGCAUGCUAGCACUGCAGUUACAUAGACGUCCAGUCAUUGCGCAAACGCUAGUUAGCAAUUGCGCAAAACGCUAGUUAGCAAUUGCGCAAAACGCUAGUUAGCAACUUCCUUCAAACUGCACGCAGACACAGACAAAUGCUAUCCAUGAGUUCAUCUGACUCUGAAGAAGUAGAUGAAGGGCUUCAUUGCCAGAAUCCUGAAGUAUCCCUUCAACUAGAUAUGAUUUUUCCAAGUUGGGUUCCCAGCAUUUUCUAAUGUCAGUUUACAACUAAAUCAUCCAUGAGGGCUGAUGGCACAUACUGUAGUGGUGAUGUAAAGGUGACUGGAUCAUGGAAAAGUAUUUAUCUAUCUAGGCCAGUCAUGUGGUAUACUCUGUGACUCAUACCUUUUGAGCUUGAGAGGUGUGUGUGCGCGCACGAGUCCGCAAACAUACCCAUUACAUUGUAACCACUCCCUUUUUAAAAUCGACUGACUCAUGAAUGACUACUGUAUAUGACUCCCCACCAAACCAGCAGGGCGGCAGGUAGCUUAGUGGGUAAGAGCGUUGUGCCAGUAACCGAAAGGUCGCUGGUUCUAAUCCCCUAGGUGUAAAAUCUGUCGAUGUACCCUUGAGCAAGGUACUUAACCCUGAAUGCUCAUGUAAGUCGCUCUGGAUAAGAGCGUCUGCUAAAUGAGUAAAAUGUAAAAAUGUAAAAUGUAAAUUUACAAUCUCUUAUUUCCUUACACAGACACGUGAUGACUUUCUGGGGCAGGUGGACGUACCUUUACACCAGAUACCGGUGAGCCUAGUGCAAGGAAAUACUUUAUUUAGCACUUGCAUAAUGUAUGUGGAAAUCAAUUCUCCUAAAUCAACAUUUCCAAUCCCACGUCUAAAGGAGUAGGCUAGUCUGUGCUGUUUGGUGUUCCAUGUUCUCCUUUAGAUACAGUGGGGGAAAAAGGUAUUUAGUCAGCCACCAAUUGUGCAAGUUCUCCCACUUAAAAAGAUGAGAGAGGCCUGUCAUUUUCAUCAUAGGUACACGUCAACUAUGACAGACAAAAUGAGGGAAAAAAAUCCAGAAAAUCACAUUGUAGGAUUUUUAAUGAAUGUAUUUGCAAAUUAUGGUGGAAAAUAAGUCUUUGGUCAAUAACAAAAGUUUCUCAAUACUUUGUUAUAUACCCUUUGUUGGCAAUGACACAGGUCAAACGUUUUCUGUAAGUCUUCACAAGGUUUUCACACACUGUUGCUGGUAUUUUGGCCUAUUCCUCCAUGCAGAUCUCCUCUAGAGCAGUGAUAUUUUGGGGCUGUCGCUGGGAAACACGGACUUUCAACUCCCUCCAAAGAUUUUCUAUGGGGUUGAGAUCUGGAGACUGGCUAGGCCACUCCAGGACCUUGAAAUGCUUUUUACGAAGCCACUCCUUCGUUGCCCGGGCGGUGUGUUUGGGAUCAUUGUCAUGCUGAAAGACCCAGCCACGUUUCAUCUUCAAUGCCCUUGCUGAUGGAAGGAGGUUUUCACUCAAAAUCUCACGAUACAUGGCCCCAUUCAUUCUUUCCUUUACACGGAUCAGUCGUCCUGGUCCCUUUGCAGAAAAACAGCCCCAAAGCAUGAUGUUUCCACCCCCAUGCUUCACAGUAGGUAUGGUGUUCUUUGGAUGCAACUCAGCACUCUUUGUCCUCCAAACACGACGAAUUGAGUUUUUACCCAAAAGUUCUAUUUUGGUUUCAUCUGACCAUAUGACAUUCUCCCAAUCCUCUUCUGGAUCAUCCAAAUGAACUCUAGCAAACUUCAGACGGGCCUGGACAUGUACUGGCUUAAGCAGGGGGACACGUCUGGCACUGCAGGAUUUGAGUCCCUGGCGGCGUAGUGUGUUACUGAUGGUAGGCUUUGGUCCCAGCUCUCUGCAGGUCAUUCACUAGGUCCCCCCGUGUAGUUCUGGGAUUUUUGCUCACCGUUCUUGUGAUCAUUUUGACCCCACAGGGUAAGAUCUUGCGUGGAGCCCCAGAUCGAGGGAGAUUAUCAGUGGUCUUGUAUGUCUUCCAUUUCCUAAUAAUUGCUCCCACAGUUGAUUUCUUCAAACCAAGCUGCUUACCUAUUGCAGAUUCAGUCUUCCCAGCCUGGUGCAGGUCUACAAUUUAGUUUCUGGUGUCCUUUGACAGCUCUUUGGUCUUGGCCAUAGUGGAGUUUGGAGUGUGACUGUUUGAGGUUGUGGACAGGUGUCUUUUAUACUGAUAACAAGUUCAAACAGGUGCCAUUAAUACAGGUAACGAGUGGAGGACAGAGGAGCCUCUUAAAGAAGAAGUUACAGGUCUGUGAGAGCCAGAAAUCUUGCUUGUUUGUAGGUGACCAAAUACUUAUUUUCCACCAUAAUUUGCAAAUAAAUUCAUUAAAAAUCCUAUAAUGUGAUUUUCUGGAGAAAAAAAAUCUCAAUUUGUCUGUCAUAGUUGACGUGUACCUAUGAUGAAAAUUACAGGCCUCUCUCAUCUUUUUAAGUGGUGGCUGACUAAAUACUUUUUUUCCCCACUGUAUAAUUUGUUGGAGAUCUGUACACUUUACAUAGAUACCUUCACCCUUGAACUGUCAUAGGCGCACUCAUGUAAACAUAAACACCCUCAUGUCAGAGUCUGUUCCACAACGUUGUCCAUAGUUAUGGAAAUACAGUCCACAAUGUUUGUUACUUUUUCCUAUCUUUACAUGGCAUUUAAAUUAGACCUACUAUACAUCGGUCCACUGUCUAUACAGGGCUUGUUUACUGUUGAUAUAUUAUACAGUUACUGCAUGCGUAGAUGUUAUACAGCAAAUAUCUUUAUAGAGCAUUUCAGCUGUUAAAAUACUUUUUAUUUAUUUUUAUUUCAGACAGAAAAUCCUAACAUUGAAAGGCCAUACACAUUCAAGGAUUUUCUACUUCACCCGAGAAGGUUGGCAUUAUUUAAUGAUUAUUCAAGCCGCUUAUCCUUCCUGGUGUAACAUGGAUUUACUUUGUGACAUUUUCCUUAACAUUUUUAUUACAUUCAGUCUCUUGGCAUUGCAUAAAUCUAUUUGAAUAAUAUCUUGAGUUUGCCUAACGUUCAAUACCUUUCUUUCCUGAGGUGUAUAAAGUCGCUCUGGAUAAGAGAGUCUGCUAAAUGACUAAAAUGUGAAUGUAAAAUAUUGAUUUUACCUUGGAGAAAGCUCAAGUUCAUGUUUAAGUCAGUCACAAUGAUAGAUUGUUAGUAUGACAUUUAUUGUGUAACUGAUAUUUGAUACACCUAAGAGGCUCACAUUACUCUCAUUUAGAAAGUGCACUGUUUUCCAUGUAUAUUUUUGGGGGGUAAGUGUUAACUUUUUUUUUUGAUGCAGUCACAAAUCCAGGGUCAAAGGUCAUCUCCGGCUGAAGAUGACCUACCUACCCAAAAACAGUUCAGAGGGUGCUGCAGAACAGACUGAAGACAUGGAUGUAAGACCGCCACCCACCCAACCUACCCCUGUCCUCCUGCCCUCUGUCCCCCCUGACCCCCUGAUAUUGAAUAUUCCCACGCCGUCACCCCCCUCCUCCUUUGAUUAUACAGUGUCUAAUCUACGUGCCUUGGCUGUUGCUCAGCCGGCGUGCUUCAGUAUAUACAUGUAACAGCAUAUUGGUGCUCAGAGCCAGGAGAAAAGACACCAGGCUCGUUUUACCAGUGUCAAGCCAAGAUGGCUGAUUGCCUGCGAUUUCCCUCCUGAUGUAGUUAUUGAUAAAACCAGCCAGUCAUCAUUCUUGAACAUGCUUAAUGUAAGCACUGGCUAGGAACACCAUGUCCAAAAGGCAAAUCUAUAUUUGUCUCACCAUGGGUCCAUGGCCUUUGAGGAAUAUGCUGACAUCUUCCUUAGAAUGACUUGAAUCCAAGCUUCAGUACAGUAUGAGUCCCUAUGCUUGCUACUGAAUAUUCUGAGUAGUGGCCAAGACAUUGUUUGACUUGAACAAACAUGUAGAGGAUUUGGGCAAUUUUGACGUCUGCGUGUGCCGUGUUGUGUAACAGCUGUUUUUGUUGUGCAGCCUAGCUGGGAGUUUCUAGAGGGCCAGGACAUGUCUGGUCCCAGGCACAAUCACCUGCUGCCUGCAAUGCCCCCUGGCUGGGAGGAGAGGCAGGACAACCUGGGCAGGACCUACUAUGUCAACCACGAGACCAGGACCACACAGUGGCACAGGCCCAUAGUACAGUAAGUCUGGGGUUAUCCUGUCAUGUCCUUAUUCUGACAGCUUGAACUUAAUCUAUUUUAACACAUUGGUAGUAUUGGAAUACGAUAACACCCGGUUGGAAUACGAUAACACCCGGUUGGAAUACGAUAACACCCGGUUGGUCAAGAGAUGAAAAGUUGACUGUGAUCUCAGGUUGACAGAGUGUGUGUGUGUUUCCCUGUAUAGAGACAGCCAGGUGGAGGCAGAGCAGAGGCAGAACAUCCACAUGGAGGCCCAGCACGCCUUCACCGCCCGCAGGCAGAUCUCCGACCAAGAGGACUCUGACAGACAACAAGAGUCUCCUGAGGUAACUUUCUCAAUCGAAAUUCAAUUCAUGUAUUGAAAAAUUCACAUUGAAGUUAAAUGACACUUUAAAUUCAUAAAUGUAAUUACAAUUCUCCUGAAUUGGCUAUUGGAAUGGAGACGAGACUGUUGUAUCCUUUUGCGGUCUCUGGUACGAUUAUGAAACAACCGUACAUGGUGUGCGGUCUAAUUAUACGACCUGUCCUAUAAGAUAUAUACAGUGGGCUCCAAAAUUACUUGCACCCCUGACUGGCAAUGCACAAACAAUACUUAAAAAAAUAUAAACAAUAUAAUUAUAGAGAAACUCAAAGUACCAAUGUGAGAAAUACUGUGCUAUAUUAAUCUUCCAAUGGAACCCACCAAAAUUAUUUAUUGAUUUAAUUAAAAAUCAAUGUCCUCCAAAUCAAGGUUUCACAAUUAAUGGCACCCUUAAAGAUUAUUGUAAAUAACAUCUACCAAAAUUAAUCCAUUAAUUAAAUUCCACUUAUUUAAGUCUUAAGGAACUAUAUUGAGCCAUUACAUCACUUCCUGUUUCACUAGGGUAUAAAAAUGAGGUAACGCAUGCAAUAUCCCUUUGUCGUCCAACACCAUGAAGAAAACAAAAGAACUGGCAGUUCAAAAGACAUGGUUAUGACCUUCAUAAUCGAAUGGCUACAAGAAAUCACAAACGAUUGAAUUACCACCCUUCAGGCAAUAUUAAACAUUUAAAAUAAUGGAACAGUUGAAACCUCACGGUAGAAGACGCAAAUGCAUUGCCCCCCAGAUAGGGAGGAUAUGGUAAAGCAACAAAAUCCCAAGAAUCACUUAAAGAAUUGCAGGCCUUGCGUCUAAUUUCAAAAUGCACCAUAUCUAGCACCAUAUAGACGGUACUUUCGAGGUUUCCAAAGAAACCAUCUGACCAAGCAGCAAGCACUUGCGUUUCCAAACCGUAAAAAAUGAACGGGAAAGAAGGCUUGUCAGUGAGACCAAAAUGAAUUUGGUCAAUGACAGACGGCAGUUCCAGUCGAAACAGAAUGACCGUGAGGCACCAUACCAACAUUUAAAAGAGAUGGAACAGUGAAAUCUUGGGCCUGGUUUAAUCCAAGGCUUGGCCCCCAGUGGUUAGGAUUGAUGGCAUAAUGAAUUCCACCAAGUAUCAGGCAAUUUUGGCUGACAAUCUGGUUGCCUCUGCCAGAAGGCUGGGACUUGGCCGUAGGUGGACUUUCGAACAACACAAUGACCCAACACAUCCAGAUCCAUGCAGAAAUGUUUCUGUGACAACAAAAUUUACAUUUACGUAAUUUAGCAGACGCUCUUAUGAGUGCAUACAUUAUUAUUAUUAUUUAUUAAUUUUUUCAUUCUGGACCCCUGUGGGAAUCGAACCCACAACCCUGGCGUUGCAAACGCCAUGCUCUACCAACUGAGCUACAUCCCUGCCGGCCAUUCCCUCCGCUACCCUGGACGACGCUGGGCCAAUUGUGCGCCGCCCCAUGGGUUUCCCGGUCGCGGCCAGCUUACGACAGAGCCUGGAUUCGAACCAGGAUCUCUAGUGGCACAGCUAGCACUGCGAUGCAGUGCCUUAGACCACUGCGCCACUCGGGAGGUUAAAAUCAAUGUUCUGCCAUGGCCAUCUCAGUCGCCGGACCUCAAUCCAAUCGAAAAAUCUGUGGACUGAGUGAGGGAUCUUGAAAGGAUCUACAUAGAGGAAUGGUCCAAAAUCCCUCCAAAUGUGUUCCUUAACCUUGUCAAACAUUACAGGAAAAUAAUCCAUGCUCUUGUCCUUGCCUGAGGUACUAAAUGAGGAGUGCCAAUAAUUAUGAAACCUUGAUUUUGGUGACAUUUAUUUUGUAUUAAAUAAUUGUAUGAUUUUGGUUGGUUCCAUUGAAACAUUAAUAAAGUACAGUAUUUUUCACAUGUUGGUAUUUUGAGUUUAUCUCUAUAAUUAUAUUGUUUAUAAUUUUUAAAGUAUUGUUUGUGCAUUGCCAGUCAGGGGUGCCAGUAAUUUUGGAGCCCACUGUAGGCCCAGACCUAUUAGGACCAUAUCUUACGACCAUGUGGUCUGGUCCUAGCCCCUCUUUAGAAGCUGCUAGCCGAGCAAAUGACUAAAUGUCAGGAUAGUCCAGAGUGGCCCUUAACAAGUUCAAGUUCAGGAUCAGGGUGUUCCUCGAAGUGCAAAAAAAAAAGUUGCCCUACUGAAACCAUAUCACAUGUCAGUUUUGGGUAAUAACGUCACUCCAUGCCAGAACAAGCAGGCCAGAACUGUUUUCUUAGUUUAUAGCCAGAUGAGAAAACAAUGACGGAACACUAUCAAGACAUCCUUCAGAACAGAUGGAAAACUCUUCAUGUGUCUUGUUUCCUGUCUGCUCCAGAGCUGGGAGAUCAUAACAGAGGAUGAGUCCACCUUGUACAACAGCCAGCGCUCCCCCCCUCCACCCCACUCCCCCCUGGAGUUUCACAACUUCUGUGAUGAGCUGAGUCGCCUCCAGGCCUCGGGGGUCACAUCCAGCAACCGACGCACCUCCCUCCAGGUGAAUAAUUUACUGGCCAGCGCUGACCGGGCUCCCGUUACCAAUUGACCGACACCCAAAGCCAGACUGGGGAUACGCUUCCUGAACAGGUUCCUUCCACAGUUCCAGGAAGGGACUGAAACACACGUUAUAUCUUGUGUUAUAACAACACAGCUAUAAUCAGUCCCAGGUUUCCGCUGUGAUUUUUUGUGAUAUGCAAAAAUUGAUUUUGCUACAUUAAUUCUGACAUUUUACAUGGCAAUAUGCAUGGUUUUAUCUGUGUGGCUUGAUUGGUUGAAAUUGCAAGCCCUCGCAUAAUAUUGUUGAUAAAAAUGCAAUUGCGGAAUCCUGGAAGAACUGUAAUAUAUUAGUAUUAGAUGGGUAUUAGUGCCUGUCUAGAGCUGGAGAGUAUGUGCCUAUUAACACGUGUAUCGGUAAUGACUGUGGUUUCUGUCUUGCUCUCUUCAGCUGCAGGGCCCUUCCAGUCAUUCAAGUCACUCCAGCCGCAGAGGCAGUGCCCAGACUCUGACAGUAGAGGAGCACCCUGUUCAUCCUGUGGUGUGUUACAUUCUGUGAAUCCCCUCCGCCCUCACACAAACACACACCGCAGCACAGGGAAGCACAACACUCCUGUAUUACAGCAGUAUUUGUGGGAUAGGGUCAUCUGAGCUUUAGCAUGUAAGCGUGGCUUGAUGUAAGGACGGUGUGAGAAUACGGUCAUCAGGUUUGAGCACGUAGCUCAGCGAUUCAGAGGGAUGUUGUUCUAUUCACAGACCUUGAGGUAUUGUUGUAUGGAUUGUUUGAUGCCUCCUCUCUCUCUCUCUCUUUCUGUUGUUCAAUAGUUGUUAGCAACAUCAGCGGGGCUGCCUCCAGGCUGGGAGGAGAAGCAGGAUAGUAAGAGCAGACCCUACUACGUCAAUCACAACAGCAGGAUAACCACUUGGACACGGCCACUCAUCCAGGUAGGCUCCAUUCCUCCUCUCUCGCUCGCUCUUUCUCUCGCUCUAUCUCAAACCACAGUGCACUAAAGAAGUAUUCAAAGGGAUGUGAAAAGCCCAUCAGGACCCACUUAACUUGUGUAGAUAGAUAAUGUUGAUGUAGGAUCCAGUCCACCCUCCUAUUGACCAUAUCAAUAGUGUUAUUCUUCAUCUCUCCUUCCAUGGUCCAGAUAACGUCAGAGGCAGCAGCUCAGGCUGUUCUGUCCCAGAGCUCCACGGUGUACCAGCCCCCCAUGCUGUCUCCUGAGGGCUCCCCCCAGCACUCCCCCGGCUCACAGAGGGAGUGUGGCUUAAUGCCGGCAGGCUGGGAGGUCCGCAGCGCCCCCUAACGGAAAACCCUUCUUCAUCGACCACAACACUAAGACCACUUCCUGGGUGAGAGAGCAAGCAUCUGCAUACCGCCCCUCUUAAAAGGACAUAUAUGUUGUUUUUCUUGAUCAGGUCACAUGAUCAUGUCAAAUGGUCAAGAAAUACCCCCAGGCCCUACCUAUAGGGUCUAGUCACGCAUCAUCAUGGCCAGAAUGACCAGUUAUCCACUGGACAAUACUGCCAUUCUCACUGCUCCUUCCUGUUUGUGUGACUUAUUUCCUGUUUAUCUGGCUGUGAACAGGAAGACCCCAGGUUGAAGAUUCCUGUGCACAUGAGGAGGAGACCUUCGCUAGACCCAACUGACCUCGGGCCAAUGCCGGUAAGCGUUACAAUGACAUCAUACCCAAUAAUAGCAUUCUAGGAAGGCAAUUAGCAGCCCAAUGUGAUGAGCCUCUUAAAGUUGAAGAUUGCUGAGUGAAUGGUUGAUUUUAAGGGGGGAAUGAUGGUGUGAGUAAUGUUUGUGCUAUCCCUUAGCCUGGCUGGGAGGAGAGGGUCCACAGUGAUGGGAGGAUAUUCUACAUAGAUCACAGUAUGUAUGACAUGUACUACAAUUCGUCAAAAUGAGUGAAAAACGCCUCCUACCAAUACUGAAUAAAUCUGAUGUAUUUUCAGACACGAAGAACACACAAUGGGAAGACCCCAGACUGCAGAAUUCAGCCAUAACUGGACCAGUAAGUACAGAUUAUAUAUUUAAAAAGGGGGGGGGGGGGUCAGGUUCUCCAGGUUGUCCAUAAAACCGCACAAUUGGUCAUGUGUUCAUAAUUUAUUUCCGGACAUUGGAUCUCCCAUCCUUGUCUAUUCUAGGCGGUGCCUUACUCCAGAGACUAUAAACAGAAGUAUGAAUACUUCCGGAAGAAGCUGAAGAAACCGGUAAGCAUGGGUUUUUCCCAAAACAGGGAAUCAUUGUAAUUACUGAAGGCCCUUAUGCUCUUAAUGUUCUGUAAUUACAGCAAACCUCACAAAUAGGUCAAAUAUACAGCACAUUCACACUGUAAAAACCUAUCUUGUCUUUCUCUCAAUCAUCCUCACAAUAUCUUCUAUGUCAUUUAGUCCAGCGACAUCCCCUGACCUGAUGUCACCUCAGGAAGUCCACUCACUCAGCAUGCUCUAUUUCCAUUUCCAGGCUGACAUCCCCAACCGCUUUGAGAUGAAGCUCAGGCGGAACGCCGUGCUGGAGGACUCCUACAGACGUAUCCUGUCAAUCAAGAGGGCCGACUUCCUGAAGGCGCGGCUAUGGGUGGAGUUUGAGGGAGAGAAGGGCCUGGAUUACGGGGGCGUGGCCAGGGAGUGGUUCUUCCUCAUCUCCAAGGAGAUGUUCAACCCCUAUUAUGGGUUGUUUGAAUAUUCUGCCACGUGAGUCUAUUUGAAUGUGUUAGAAUUCCAUUUUCAGGCACUCAAUGGGGCCUUUAGUGAAUAACAUCUCUGACAGCAUUAUGAAUCAUUUUAAUGAUGGGAUAUGUUCUGGAAUGGAUCAGAGAAGGAUUUGGACGAGCUGUAUUGUUAAGUUUCUCCUCUGCCUGUUCUGUGUCAGUGACAACUAUACUCUGCAGAUCAACCCCAACUCAGGCCUCUGCAAUGAGGACCACCUGUCCUACUUCACGUUCAUUGGCCGUGUGGCAGGCAUGGCUGUCUACCAUGGCAAGCUGCUGGACGGUGAGUCUCGCUGCUAGUGAUUUCACUCAUAAACUUUGUGUCUGUUUAAUAGAGCAUUCAUUUGUCUAAUAGUAGUGUGACAUGAGUGUGUGUGUAGAGAAACUAAGAGCUGAGGACAGCUCUAGGCUAGUGCCACAAGGAUUAGGUGUGUUAUGUGUGUGUUGAACAGAUCCUGACGUUAUUUUUUUCUAGCCUUCUUCAUCAGGCCUUUCUACAAGAUGAUGUUGCAGAAGCCCAUUACUCUACAGGACAUGGAGUCUGUGGUAGGUGCCUAAUACUACUGUCUAGGUUACGUUCACAUCUUCCCAUCACCUAAUCAGAUCAUAGAGACAUUAUACAUCAGGCAUCUGAAACAGCAGUGUUUCACCAUAAGAGGUAAUGGUGUUUGUGUUUUGUUAUUUCAGGACAGUGAGUACUUCAACUCCCUGAAGUGGAUAUUGGAGAAUGACCCAAUAGACCUUGAUCUGAGGUUCACCAUAGACGAAGAGCUCUUUGGACAGGUGGGACCUGCUUCCAAUUUGUUGUUUGACAGAAGUAUUUUCUGCUCUUUCUUGUGCCUAUUGAGUGAAGGGGUUAAAGUGGAUGCUAAGUGGUACUUGGGUAUCAGUCAUGCUGACAUCACAUUUCUUCCUAUUUAGACACACCAGCAUGAGCUGAAGCCAGGAGGAUCUGAAAUAGUAGUCACCGACGACAACAAGAAGGAAUACAUCCAGUAAGCACCAGAGCCCUCUGCUGGUAGAAAGAGGAAACACGCCUCAUACCCACUGCCAUGUAGGGCUGUUCCACUGGUUACCUGUAGGUGACCCACAAGUCACAUAUUUGGCCUUCGAAGGGUUUGCAAAUUGACAGUGAAACCACCACCCACCACCACAUAAUGUCUGCAUCAUUAGAUAAAUUAGAAAUGAUUAGGGCUUUUGAAUGCUUCCAUUUCAAAGUAAACAUUUUCUUUGUCAGUCUUGUCAUGCAGUGGAGGUUCGUGAACAGGAUACUGAAGCAGAUGACCGCAUUCAAGGAGGUAAACACUAGGUUUUAGCGAUAUGUUUUGAUUGAGUUGUGAUAAGAUUUAAAGAAAAGGUUGACUUAUUGCAUGUUCCUCUCUCUUGUCUUAGGGAUUCUAUGAGUUGAUACCCCAGGAUCUCAUCAAGAUCUUCGACGAGAAUGAGCUGGAGGUGGGUGUCAUUCCUAUCACUCUGAGAUGUAUGCAUGACUGAUACGCUGUCUUUCCAGAGCAUUGUGUGAUGUUCUAUCUGCUUUUUUCUCUUUAGCUACUGAUGUGUGGCCUGGGAGAUGUGGAUGUGAAUGACUGGAGGGAGAACACCAAGUACAAGAAUGGCUACUGUCCCAACCAGCCUGUCAUCCUGUGGUUCUGGAAGGUAAGAGGAUACUCUACCACUAGAGCAAAAGCCUCUGGACUCUGUAAUGUUUUCGUUAGGGAUGCACGAUUUACCAGUGACCAUAUCGGUAUCGGCCUGUGAUUGGGGCUGAAAUGUAUCUGCUAUUAGCUGCGGAGACAAACUGAGCGGUCUGUAGAAAAACUCUUCCUAUGAAUUUGGCUUUAGCGGUCAAACGGUUUGAGUUAUUAGCUAUUAUUAGCCCAUUCCUGAAAGCGAAGACUCCCAGGAACACGUUGGAUAUCGGCAAAUAUCUGAUAUCGGCCCAGAAUUUCCACGUCGGUGCAUCCUUCGUUUUUUUGGUGAAUUCUCAAUAUUCAUUACAACUACUUGACUGAUAUUUUGUCUUUCUCAGACUGUUCUGCUGAUGGAUGCAGAGAAGCGUAUCCGCCUGUUGCAGUUUGUGACUGGCACCUCCCGGGUCCCAAUGAACGGCUUUGCAGAGCUCUACGGUGAGUCCUCUUCUCUACUUCUCUGUAUGAAGACUAUUUUGUAUAAUACAGUGUACAAAGAUUGAUAUGAACUUUGAAACAUGGAUUCUGAGUUGUGACCAGAGGUGUUUUUGUUUGUAUAUGAUUCUCUCCUCCUAAUCUUGUUUUAUGUUGUGAAAUCACAGGGUCUAAUGGACCACAGCUGUUUACCAUUGAGCAGUGGGGAACACGAGACAAACUACCUAGAGCCCACACAUGGUGAGUAACUAACAAUACAGCAGUUUGGCUAAUAGUCCUACCGGAUUACUGCAACAAAUGUUCAUUUUAACUAUUGUUGUUGAUUUGGUUUUGCUUUACCAUUUUCAGCUUCAACCGGCUGGACCUGCCUCCCUAUGAGUCGUUUGAGGAGCUGAGGGAGAAGCUACACAUCGCCAUAGAGAAUGCACAAGGCUUUGAUGGAGUGGAUUAG